CCAGGGAUGAGGGUCGGUUGCCACCGGGAGCUGCUGUUGCUGCUGCUAGUGGUUGGGAUGCCUGCCUCCCUUGCAGGAUCCCAGCCCCAGCAACAACGCAAGUGGCCUGUGCCUUACAGGCGUUUUGAUUACCGUCCGAAAACAGAUCCCUAUUGUCAAGCUCGUUACACUUUCUGUCCUACUGGCUGUCCCAUUCCAGCAAUGAAGGAUGAGGAUGUCAUUGAAGUCUAUCGAUUACAAGCUCCAGUGUGGGAAUUCAAAUAUGGGGAUCUGCUUAGACAUUUGAAUAUUAUGCAUGAUGCUGUUGGCUUCAAGAGCUCUCUAACUGGCAAAAACUACACAAUGGAAUGGUAUGAACUCUUCCAGCUUGGGAACUGCACAUUUCCACAUCUCCGGCCUGACAUGGAUGCACCAUUCUGGUGUAAUCAGGGUGCUGCAUGCUUUUAUGAAGGAAUAGAUGAUGUACACUGGAAGGAAAAUGGGACCUUGGUUCUGGUGACCACUAUAUCAGGAACAAUGUUUAACCAAAUGGCAAAAUGGGUACAAUAUGACAACGAAACUGGGAUAUACUAUGAAACCUGGACAGUUCAAGCAAGUCCUGACAAGCAUGCGGUAGUGUGGUUUGAAUCUUAUGAAUGCUCGAAAUUUAUAUUAAGAACAUACCAGAAGUUGGCCGAUUUAGGGGCUGUAUUUAAUAAGAUACAAACAAAUUAUACCAGCAUUACUUUGUUUACUGGAGAACCCAUUUAUUUGGGGAAUGAAACAUCUAUUUUUGGACCUUUAGGAAACAAGACAGUGGCUGCAGCCAUAAGAGAUUUCUACUAUCCAUUCAAAUCUCAUCAGUCUAUUGAAGAGUUCUUCUUGAAUGUCUUAAAAAUAGUAGAUCAGGUUGUCUUAAACCACCAGUUUUACCUCUUUUACAACUUAGACUACUGGCUUUUACCUAUAAAGUCCCCUUACAUCAAAAUAACUUAUGAAGAGAUCCCUUUACCUAAUGAAGACAAUACACGGGUUGGUUUGUAAUUAUUUCAUUAGGUGUAGGUUCUAUGGAUAUGCCUUGGGUGAAGAAAGAGUCCCCUUUCUUGCUAGCUGCAUUACAGCCCCAGAAUUCUAAAGGGGUUUGGACCUGUCAUUGGCCACAUGGUUGCCAGUCAUCUGCUUCUUCUUAAAGAGGGGAGUCUACAGGAGCUGGUUACCAGCAGACACAAUGGCUUGCUAGCUUGACUCCAACAAAAAUGUACCUUCUACCCGUUGGAACACUGUACAUUUCAUAUUUGAUGGAACUGGGACCAGUUGUCCUGGAACAUGAUGAAGUCAGCAGACAUGGAAAUGGGUUGAGAGCUGUUGGUAGAUUAUAGCUGUCAUGUUGAUGACUCCUUUGUUAGAAGGUGGUGGUGGUGUUUGUUUUUGUUUUGCUUUUGGACAGCCUGACACCUUACCAGAAUUACUAAACAAAGCAUAGAUAAGGCUGGCUCCCCUCAGAUCCAAUGUAAGUUUCUUACACAAAUUAAAGAAGGAUUGGAACUGACUAGCCAACACAAAUCAUGCUAGGGCCCAUAGUCAACAUGGUUUCUGUAAAGGGAAAUCGUGUCUUACUAAUCUAUUAGAGUUCUUUGAAGGGAUCAACAAA